CGUGUCCCCGCGCUGUGUCCGGGCCAUGGUGGCGCUGUCCCCGGGCCAUGGUGGCCGUCCCGGUGGCCCCGGCGCUGUCCCGGUUCGUGGCCCCGGCCGCGCUCUCCGUGGCCGCGCUCCUCCUCCUCCUCCUGCUGUCCUUCCUCCCGCCCGGGCCGGGCCGGCGGCGCUCCGCAGGCAGGAAAAUGCCCCCGAGCCCCGCGGGACCCCAGCACACCGAGACCAUGGGCGCCGGCAAAGCCAUCGCCGUCCUUACCUCAGGGGGGGACGCGCAGGGGAUGAACGCGGCCGUGCGCGCCGUGGUGCGCGUGGGGAUCUACACCGGGGCCAAGGUGUUCUUCGUGUGUGAGGGCUACCAGGGGCUGGUGGACGGUGGUGACCACAUCAGGGAGGCCACGUGGGAAAGCGUGUCCAUGAUGUUGCAGCUGGGUGGCACGGUGAUCGGCAGCGCGCGCUGCCAGGAUUUCCGCACGCGCGAAGGGCGGCUGCGUGCCGCGCGGAACUUGGUCAAGCGCGGCAUCACCAACCUGUGUGUGAUCGGCGGCGAUGGCAGCCUCACCGGCGCCGACACCUUCCGUGCCGAGUGGGGCGGGCUCCUGGCAGAGCUGCUCAAAACCGGUGGCAUCACGGCAGAGGAGGCGCAGCGCUCGAGCCACCUGAACAUUGUGGGCAUGGUGGGCUCCAUCGACAACGACUUCUGUGGCACCGACAUGACCAUCGGCACCGACUCGGCGCUGCACCGCAUCAUGGAGAUCGUGGACGCCAUCACCACCACGGCGCAGAGCCACCAGAGGACUUUUGUGCUGGAGGUGAUGGGGCGGCACUGCGGGUACCUGGCGCUGAUCACAGCCCUGGCCUGCGGUGCUGAUUGGGUUUUCAUCCCUGAGUCACCCCCCGAGGACAACUGGGAGGAGCACCUGUGCAGGAGGCUGGCUGAGACCCGUGACGGUGGCUCCAGGCUCAACAUCAUCAUCGUGGCUGAGGGUGCCAUUGACAAGCACGGCAAGGCCAUCACCUCGGACGAGAUCAAAGCUCUGGUGGUGAAACGUCUGGGGUACGACACCAGGGUGACCAUCCUGGGCCACGUCCAGCGUGGGGGAACCCCCUCAGCCUUCGACCGCAUCCUGGCCAGCAGGAUGGGUGUGGAGGCUGUGAUGGCGCUGCUGGAGGGGACACCGGAGACGCCGGCCUGCGUGGUCAGUCUGUCCGGCAACCAGGCCGUGCGUCUGCCCCUCAUGGAAUGUGUCCAGGUGACCAAGGACGUCACCACAGCCAUGAACGAAGGACGCUUCGAGGAUGCGGUGAAGCUGCGGGGCCGGAGCUUUCAGAACAACUGGAAUGUCUAUAAGCUGCUGGCUCACAUCCGCCCACCUGCCACCAAGAGCGGGUACACGGUGGCCGUGAUGAACGUGGGCGCUCCGGCCGCGGGGAUGAACGCGGCCGUGCGGGCAACCGUGAGGAUCGGCCUCAUCCACGGGCACCACAUGCUCGCGGUGCACGACGGCUUCGAGGGGCUGGCCUUUGGCAUGGUGGAGGAGAUCGGCUGGAAUACGGUGGGCAGCUGGACGGGGCUGGGAGGAUCCAAACUAGGCACCAAGAGGACUCUGCCCAAGAAACAUUUUGAGGAGAUCAGCGCCAACAUCAGCAAAUUUGGGAUUCAUGGUCUUAUCAUCAUUGGUGGCUUCGAGGCGUUCACAGGUGGCCUGGAGCUGGUGGAGGGCCGGGCACGCUUCGAGGAGCUCUGCAUCCCCCUGUGCAUCGUGCCUGCCACCGUCUCCAACAAUGUCCCCGGCUCCGACUUCAGCAUCGGCGCCGACACUGCCCUCAACACCAUCACCACUACGUGUGACCUGAUAAAGCAGUCGGCUGCAGGCACUAAGCGCCGCGUGUUCAUCAUCGAGACCAUGGGUGGCUUCUGUGGCUACCUGGCCACCAUGGCCGGGCUGGCGGCUGGCGCCGAUGCCGCCUACAUUUUCGAGGAGCCCUUCAGCAGCCGUGACCUGCAGGCCAAUGUGGACCACCUGACAGAGAAGAUGAAGACCACGGUGAAGAGGGGGCUUGUGCUCAGGAAUGAGCGUUGCAAUGAGAACUACACCACAGAUUUCAUCUACAACCUCUACUGCGAGGAGGGCAAAGGGAUUUUUGACUGCCGGAAAAACGUCCUGGGGCACAUGCAACAGGGAGGCAGCCCCACCCCCUUUGACCGUAAUUUCGGCACCAAGAUGGGCGCCAAGGCCGUGGCCUGGAUCACCGGGAAGAUCAAGGAGUGCUCCCGGCAUGGCCGGAUCUUUGCCAACACGGCGGACUCGGCGUGCCUGCUGGGGAUGCGCAAGCGCAGCCUGGUGUUCCAGCCCAUCGCUGAGCUGCGCCAGCAGACGGAUUUCGAGCACCGCAUCCCCAAGGAGCAGUGGUGGCUGAAGCUGCGGCCCAUCCUCAAAAUCCUGGCCAAGUACAACAUCGAGCUAGACACAUCUGAGACAGCGCACCUGGAGCACCUGACACGCAAGGUCCUGGUCCCCGAGGCCACCCUGUGACAGGGACAGCAGCCACUGCCAGCCUGAGGAACCCCCAAAAUCCCCUUUUCUCACAGCGUCCCAGGGCUUUUCAGGGAUUUUAUGGGAAGUGGUCCCCAAGCGGUAUCAGGAUAAACUGAGGAUGGAUGGUGGAGGUUGAGGUUUUUAGGGUUAAAAGUCAUAAAAUGGAGAUGUUUCAAUAAAUUCAGUGCUUGUCCAAGUGCUCCAGGUCUCUGUGAAUCCAUGGAAAGGCAAACCUGGACCCCACUGACACCAAAUCCCUCCUCAUCCUCAAGAUUUCCCUGCCCAGCAUAACAUGGAGGGAUAAAACAGGUAA